CCUGCGCGCGGCGGCCCAGAGCGUAACGACAUUCCUGGUGAGGGGAGGAGAGGAGGAGGCGGCUCGGAGCCACGGCCGCGCGCCCUGCCAGGGACCCUGCGUGCUGUGGCGGCGGCCGGCGCCGAGCCAGAGCCUCCGCGGGGCGGCCGGGCUGUUGAGCGACACUCGCCGCCGUUUCGGGCGCCGCUCGCAGCACCAGCAGCUGCGCCGUCCCCGGGACUCCCUCCCCGGGAGAGAACGGGGAUAGAAUGACGGAGCUCCAGUCCGCCCUGCUGCUGCGGAGGCAACUCGCAGAGCUCAACAAAAAUCCAGUGGAAGGCUUUUCAGCGGGCUUAAUAGAUGACAAUGAUCUUUAUCGAUGGGAAGUCCUUAUUAUUGGUCCUCCAGAUACACUAUAUGAAGGUGGUGUUUUCAAGGCUCAUCUUACUUUUCCAAAAGACUACCCACUGAGGCCGCCAAAAAUGAAAUUCAUCACAGAAAUCUGGCAUCCGAACGUUGACAAGAAUGGUGAUGUCUGCAUUUCGAUUCUUCAUGAGCCUGGAGAAGACAAAUAUGGCUAUGAAAAACCUGAGGAACGCUGGCUUCCCAUUCACACAGUGGAAACUAUAAUGAUUAGUGUUAUUUCUAUGCUGGCGGAUCCCAAUGGCGAUUCUCCUGCUAACGUCGAUGCAGCAAAAGAAUGGAGAGAAGACAGAAAUGGAGAAUUUAAAAGAAAAGUUGCCCGCUGUGUAAGAAAAAGCCAAGAAACUGCUUUUGAGUGACACUUAUUCAGCAGCUAGUAGCUUCACUUUUUUCAGGGUCUCCCACAGCUUUUAACAGCACAGAGACUUCCAGUGUUACAGAGUCAUCUCGUCAGAAGCCUUCAGUUCUAAUUUGCUAGCUGGCUGCACUUCGUCUCAGGUUGCUGUGCUGAAGGCAUAUAUUCCAGGUUUCUGGAGGGCCGGGCAGGGGUGGGAGGAGGUAACGGUCAGCAGUGGGCAACACAGCCAUAUGGAAUAAAAAAGCCAUUUAAUGUGUAUGAGAUGACAAGUAAAGGUAUUGCUUCAUCCUACAGGUGUUUUAGAUAAGCAUAGAUGUGUUUAGUGUCCGAUUUUAUAUAUUUGGUAACUAAUUCUUUUGAGAUAUCAUUAUUAAUUGGAUAGCCCGCUCACGUCGGCAGGCAGAUGGGUGCAGUGCUUCAGAGCUGUUAGUGCCCAGACACAACAGCUGAUUUAGUUCCCCUUUGAGUGCUUGUCUAACACUGCUGGAGAGGGGGUUUCUUGCCCACCAGCUGGGUAUCCUUUUUCACUUAUCUAAGAGUUGGGACAGCACAGUCUCAGUGGCAUGGUGCCAGCCUUUCCAUAAAUAAAACAUUGGGAAGAAGCUGCUCUUCCUAAACCUACCAGCGGACUUGUCCCCACAGGCUGCCUGCCCUUUUCCCCUUCCACUGUGUAUCUAGAAAGCAGCAAUUUAAGGUAAUUGGCACUCGCUGCUUUCAGCAAGUUGAAGAGUGUUCUCUGUUUUCGUCUUUUGAUAACACACACACUUCACAACUGACUCCUCUGUAGACUUCACAAAAUAGUUCAAAGCUUUGUGUUUUCUUAUUUGUUCUCCAGAAGAGCUGCUCUUUUGUUCUUUAGGGGGUGGGCCUGGAAGCGUUAGCCUGGCAUCAGUGUUAAGGAAGGACUGUUAAUUCCACAGUGGUGAUAGUUCCCUUUGUAAAUAUUCAAAUAUAACCCCACUUUUCAUUAGCCCACCGAGCUGGUUUGUGGUUCCACAUGACCCAGAUACUCCAAAGGCAGGGGUGUUACUUGAGGCGCUGUUACGAUGUACAAGCUGGGAGUAGGGCUAAUACCCAGUGACAUAGUGAAAGAGGCAGUUAAGCGUCUGGUGCCAAGUGCCCAGGUUGGAGAAAACAGGCCGCUUCCAUACCUGCCAGAGGCUAACUUUUCUGGGAUCACAGUUGGCUUUUUGUUUCAUCUUGCACCCUGUGUGAAGGCAAUUGGGCUUUGAGGGUUGCUGAUACAACCAGAAAUGUCUCUUAGCCUCAAGACAGGAACACCACCGAAGAGAUGCUUUACGUACAAGUGGUAUUGAAUACUUGAACAAUCACAUAAACCAGCAUUCUUACUUAGUUUUGCUUGUACCAAGAUCUUGUAUCUAGUUUGAUUUCUGUAGGCUGUCGGUGUACUGAAUGAUUUAUUACAAUUUUUCUCAUUCUCUGGAGGCUCGUAAUUACGGCCCAGGUUUUGUGCUGUUCUUUCCCCUAACAUGUGCUGUCCUGCUCUCCAGAUAACACUGCAUCGCUGGGGGAAAAGGAAAAGACAAGCAUGGAGCUUUAGUAAAAACAUAGUAUGGCCAUCCUAAUUCCUUUUCUCUCUUUCUCCAUGCUGCCCCUUACGCAUCAAAGAUCUCUGUGCAAAUCAGACAGGCUGUUAAGCUGUCAUUCUGACAUUCUUCCCUGCUGUGAUGCCUAGAAAACGCUUAUUGAAAGUAAAUGAUCAAUAAAUG